UGUCAUUGUCAUUGUCAUUGUCAUUGUCAUUGUCAUUCUCAAUUUUUAUUUUUAAUUAAUCUUUGCAUUAUAUAGCAUUGGCAUUUCACUUGCUUUUCUUUAUUCUCUUUCCAUACUUAUUUGUUAGCUGCUUAGCCCUUCUUGUCUGUCCCCCGCGCUACUCUAAACCUGAGUUUGCUAGACGCGGUUUAGUUCUGUCUUCUAUUAGACUUCAUUAUUAUUGUUGUUAUUGAUUUAUUUUUGCCUUCAUCUCUUUUCUAUUUUUCCUUCUCUUCACUCCGGUCAUUGCAACCAUAGGCAUAUACAUUCCAUUCUCAUUCCAUUGUUGGUGAUUGCAAACCUUUACCUUUUCCUUUUUCUUCUUUUGUUUUUACCCUCUUUCUCUCCUUCAUUAGUGGUUUCACCUUGAAGCUCAUCCUAUUUUCUUUGCAUUCGCCUACUCGCGACGAAAUGUGUGAGUGCUAAAUUCAGGAUCCUCCCGCCAGAAUGACAAGCGAUCAGAUGGAUUUGCAAUCGUCCCCAUCUUCGGAUGCCAGCCGCUCGUCCACAACGUUCCACGCUAAUGUUUAUAUAGUCAAUCUUGAACGAGCUUCCUUAUCCCGCAAGUUGGAAAGAGUCCAGUGUAUCCUUGCCUGUGAUGAUAGUGCAUCGGUGAACCUGUAUCUUGACCAGCGACAGGAACUUGACUAUAUUCAGUUUAGGCUAACUCAUGGGAUCAGACAGAUCCAUCUCAACGACAAGACUGCCACAAUUAAGGUUCAAUUAUCAACUCAACAGCGCUUGGAAAUCACCCCCGAUCCCCGGGGCCAGUGUCAGGCACUUUAUGAUCUAUUGCUACAUGUCAAGGCAAGACCCAGUGAUAUCGCCAAAUUCCCUCUCCACCAGCCCAAAGUCGGUAUUCUCAAGCCAGAUUCGACUACAGCUUAUUUGAUCGUAAAUGAUAUUCCAUCCAGUCUCGAUUUUCGUUCCCAUUCAACCGCCAGCACCAUUCCAUCUACGCCCUCAAAACGGAAAUCAGUCAUAUUGGAACAAACACACAAGAAGUCGCGGGUGCAAAAAAUAGAGUGCUCUUCGCACACAUAUCGUCAGUCGAAAGAAGCUUACGACCCAAUAUUAUCAUCGCCCGUGGGACCAGAUGAUAGUCCGGAUCGAUGGCGCCCGCCCAGUUCGCCUACAUAUCAAGAUGAACCCCGUAAACGCACUCAAAAACCAUAUGUACUCGAGAAUACAGGAGACUCAAGUAACCAUCUGUCUACCAAGCUCUAUACCUUGAAACCCCAGUUCCACUCAACAGUCCCUACACCUCGUGUACUGCGGUCAAUUAACGAUCGUAUCAGGAGAUAUGGGCGCGAUGCUGGAACACGAAAGUCAAAACGACUAUCAUCACCUGAUAGAGCAAGUAACGCACGAUGUAUUCCCGCUGUACUUCGUGCGCUGUUCUCAAUGGAGCCUUUCGCACGGGACUUACGCGAUCCGUACUGGCUUCGUAUGUCAGGAACCCAGCAUAGCCUAUAUAGAUCUUUAGUAGAAUCCUACACUCCAUAUUCUGAAAACACAAACAGGGAUGUCAAGAUUGACGCAGUUUCAGAAAAUGUGAUCAAGACUAGUAAAGGGAAGCUAGGAGACGAGGAUGAUGCGCGUGAAUUCCUUAACGAUACUCUCAAUCAAGUACGCCAAGAAUUUCGGGAACGAAAUAUAGAUAGUCCCUGUCCUCUCUCGCGACUGUUCGAGUGUAAUAUCGAACACAGGCUUGAAUGCAUGAACUGUGGGAACGAAAUCGUGCACACCGAGCACUAUCAGGACUUUUGUCUGGAGUUGCCGCCAUGCGAUAGCAAUAGAUCAAGUCAGCCAGUUGGAAGCAUAGGUGGCCUUUUCCCACAGUUCUUUGAUACUCAACAUAUCUCAUUUGAAUGCGAAGCAUGUCGGUCGGAAAGCGCCAUAGUUCGCCGGUCUAUUUCAAAACUGCCUGAUGUCCUUGUUGUAUAUUUGAAACGGUUUACAGCGAGACCUAGCUAUGGUUACAAUAAGAAUCGUAGUCGUAUCACUAUUGACGAAACUUUAGAGUUUUCUCAAUUCUGCGCUCCAGCCGCGUUUAUUUCAGACAAUGAUGCAUUACCAACCAUGGCUCAACACUCAGAAGAUGAUGGAUACUAUGGACAUCCUUAUGUGCCCAGCGACAGCCCACCGAGCUCAAGCAGUCAAUGGUUCUCUUCCAUUAGUCCUGUGAGCCAUGAUGAUUUCUUUAGUUCCUCCAUAUCGCCCCAUGGUCAACAUGAAUACAUAGAUGCAGAUUUGUACAAUCAUCAUGCCCAAGGCACUGCUGCAAACCCCCACUUGUUAAACAGUGAUGAUGAAGACGACUCUCGUUUUGAGCUUUCACAAUCUAUCUCAGUCUAUGAUCCUCCUAGUGAAGAUGAGCAAUAUCAGUGGGCUAUGGAGGAAUCCAUAAGGGAGUCGAAAUCAUUCUCUCAGGAAUCGAUCUUCAAUGAAAAGAUAGCUGAUGGGGCUAAAGAAGCUCUUUGGUAUAAGAAUCUAGGGUCCAAAGAAGUAAUUGAAUUGGACGAACCCUUUUUAAUCAAUACCCACGAUAACAGCAACGACGGCAACAACGAUAAUGGCAAGGACAAGGAUAAGGAUAAGGAUGAAGGGAGGGUCAGGACAGGCAAGAGUGUAUUAAAAACCAACGACUUCGAUACUUUUGAACCCGUAGAUAUGCAUUUGAAGGAUAAGGCUCACCAUAAUGAGGAUGAAGACGAGCUAAUUAAAGCUGCAAUACACGCAUCUCUAAUGACAACAGAUGGUCCGACUCCGGGCUUGAGUGAUAAGGAGCUGCAGGAGGAAGAAAAUAAGCAACUGGAGGAAGCGAUCAGGAGAAGCCUAAUGGACUCAGAGGAAAACAAGGAGAAUAUUUCACCAGAAAAACGACAACUAGGCAAAAAAAAGGACCAGAAGGACAAACAGAAGCCCAGGCCGCCUGGACUCACACGAUCUUGCUCCCAAAUCUAUACAGCUACACCGAAUAGUCUCAGAGGGCCUCCAACGCCUACAACAAGGCCACCAAGACUUCAAAGAGCCAAUACCGUGGAUGUGAUCGCAAGUUCACAGCAAUCAAGUCGGGAGGACUCAUUAUCAGAAAAAUUGAGUGCAAAAAGAAGUGUGCAGGGCCCUAGAAGCGGCAGAAAUAGGACAGAGGAAGCAUACUUACCAAAUAACACGACAUCAAGCUCUAAUACAAACACCAAUCCAACUACAGUCAUCCCCAACGAUAGCAAACAUGCUGCGAGAUCUAAUGGCAAAGACAAAGGCAAAGGAAAGGAAAAGGACUAUAAUAAAGUCGAAGCGGCCACCCAAGGCUCUACCAUAGGACUCUUUCAGUUACAGGCUAUGGUAAGCCAUACUGGUCUCAUUUCGUCAACAUCGGAAGGACACUACGUGUGUGAUAGUCUUGGUGCAGAUGGAGUCUGGAGGUGUUAUGAUGUUGGCCAGAGAACCAAAAUAGGCUCAAUCGCCGAUCUCAGCCAGUACCGUGGACGGUCAGGCUACCUAUUUUUUUAUGUACAUUGCUAUUCAAAGAAUUCCUUAGUGGUGUCAUGACCAGCUACAGUAUCUAACUAUACUUAAAAAAAGAAAAGAUAAAAUUGCCUACAUUUAACAUGUUGGAUAUGAUUAUCACACAGUGCAACAAGACUGCAUAUUUAUUUGGCUGUUGGCGAAGCUAUAAAUAUUUAAGCAAACCAAACCUCAUAAUACCGUCGAUGGCGAUCAGAUCUGCCCGGCGCCUUCUCUGUUGGUCUCGAAUGGACUGGCCUUGAAAUCCUCAUAUAGAUGCGCCUUUACAUGAGGCAAAUAUCAUCUUGUUUUUGAUCAAGAGUACGUAAGCAG